AUGCCCAGGGCUCCAGGCGCCGCUUUAUCCAUACCCAAGCCUGCUCUCGAUGCCCCGUGGUGGCAGAAUCACUUCCAACCCCACCCACUUCUACCUACGAAAGCUGGGAGGCGCAUCGAGCAGAGUAAAAACCAAAAGGAGUACGAACAAGGGGCUCGUGCUCAUCUUCACAGUGUCCAGGAGAUCAAAGAUUAUUUGUGGGCUCUCGAACCCAACUGGCGGUGGGUUCAAGGUGUGGCAGACACGACUCUGAACCACAUGAUUAAACAUUGUCCCCAUGUCACUACCGCGGACUGGGACACAGCAACCACUCUGCACAGCGUCAAGAAGAAGGGAAAGAAUAAUCAGAACAACUUUCAAGAUGAGUAUAUUCCGGGUGCUGGCUGGGGAUUUACAGACUAUCAGCAGUCCUCAGCCACCGGUAGUGCACCACAGCUAGUCAGUGCAAGCUCUAGUACAUCUAUGAACACUUUGAGUAUCAAUACCGGUUCGCUUUCUGUCCCUCCGAGUGUGGGGAACUCUCCAUCCCCGUCUGUCCUUAGUAUUCAGGGCCUUCCUGCUAGCCCUGCUAUUGAUCUUUCGCUUCCUGCAGUACCUCACUGGCCGGCUGGUAUUUCUCAGUCUCGAGGACCAUUAUCCCGCCGGUCUAGUCAAGCUGUUCUAGCGCCUGUAAAUCCACCAGCCCCUGCAUGGACUCCCGCUUUGCAGCAGGAAUUCGAGCGCAGAAUACUUCAGCUCACCGUCUCUGCAGGGCUUCCAUUUUCUUGGGCCGAUAAUCCGGAGUGA